AAGGUGAAAUGUCACCGCGGGGGACUAUGUGGUUGGAGAGCGUCUUCGCUCUCUCUAUCACAAAAGAAGCCUCGUGCUCGCCGUGAGGAUUCCCGGGUUCCCAGUCACCGGCUCCGACCCCAUCCGAGGACGAGGAGACGACGUGAUCCCGUUGUCCGCACCUGCCCGAACCUUCAGCUCGCCACCCUUUGCUUUCAUGGCCGAUACCCUUCUUCGCUCCUCUCUUCUCCUCUCCCUCUUCAACGCACCCCUCCUGCCUCCUUCGCCCAACGCCGCUCUCCAUAAGCCUUCUUCUUCUAAAAUCCCCGCCCGCCUCGCUGCCGUCGCCUCCUCCACCCCUUAUCCUGAAAAGAGGUUGUCUCGCUUCAAGGUUUAUGCCGUUGUGGAAGAGGAGGACGGACCUAAGUGGUGGGAGAAGAAUGCUGGACCAAAUAUGAUUGAUGUUCACUCGACUCAGGAAUUUAUUGAUGUGUUAAGCAAAGCUGGUGAUAGUCUUGUGAUAGUUGAGUUUUAUGGCACUUGGUGUGGUUCUUGUCGAGCUCUUUUCCCUAAGCUUUGCAAAACAGCUGAAGAACAUCCAGAAAUUUUAUUUGUAAAGGUCAACUUUGAUGAAAACAAACCUAUGUGCAAAAGAUUGAAUGUCAGGGUGCUCCCAUAUUUCCAUUUCUACCGAGGUGCUGAUGGACAAUUAGAGUCAUUUUCAUGUUCACUAGCGAAAUUUCAGAAGAUAAAGGAUGCAAUCCAAACACACAACACAGAUCGUUGCAGCAUCGGUCCACCUCGAGGGGUGGGUGAUCUCGACCUUCUUGGAACCUCAAGCACACUAGAAAAGCCUGCCGAAGCCCCCUCGAGAUAGCUUUGUCCUCAUCAUCAGUCUUCAAAGCUUACGGCAGCUUUCGAACACUUCGUUUGUCAUAUAUUAAUCUCUCCCAUUGAUGAAAUUUCACUUGUAGCUAUAUUCAUCAACAGCCUGUACAUUUUCAGAUUGUUAUCACGUCCAUCAUUCGUUUAUGUAUUCUAUGCAGCAAAACAGUAUAUAGUUUGAUCCAAAAUAUUUUGCAAAUGUUGUCUCUGUGUGAACUUUUUAAAUGGAAAUGCUCUAGGUUCAUUAUUUGAUC